UCUAUUCUCAUUUCUCUCAUCUAUUUUCUAUAUUCUAUCAACUCUCAACUCUCAAGUGUCAAUCUUAAUAUCUAUUCAAUUUUAAUUCUCAUAUUAUUAGAAUCCAUUUUUUUCAAUUUUCAAUUCAAAAUUUUCAUAUUAUAUCAAUAAAAAUAAUUAUAUUAUCUCAUAUUUGUUAUCAAGUAUUGGCUUGGAGUUACAAAUUACAAGUUACAACAAAUCACAAGCUUCAACAAUCGGUUUAACGUCUGCUAUUAACGCAGACGUUUGGUACAUUCGUUUCAUAAUAUUUAUAUUUUAUUAUUCGUCUUUACUUUUGUGUUAUUAUAUAUAAAAUUAAGUAUGAGUUCUAGCAAAAAAAAUAGCGGUAAAGGAAAAGAGAAAGCACAAGAUAACGAAGAAAGUAGACUUUUUAAAUUAUUUAAUUUUGGUAAAAAAAAUAGUAAAGAAAAAAAGAGUAGUAAAAGUGGUGGUACUUCAUCUAAAUCAACGAGUAGAGUUAGAUUUAACAUAAAUGAUUCUACUUAUGUUGAUGAUACUCCUUAUAAUAUUGAUUCAAAUGUUCAACUCGAUCACGAAAGUUUAGAACGACGUUAUGGUAAUAUUAAUCCUAAUGUUGAUGAAAAUUCAGGUGAAGAAGUAGAAGCUGAUUUGGGAGAAGAGGAGUUAGAUGAAACACCUACUAGUCCGGUGACAGAAGUUCCAAAUGAGACUAUCAAUUUACCGGAGCAAAAUUUUGGACAUCCACCCCUUAUACCUCCCACAAGGGAGAAGGUGAAGUAUCAACGACCUAAAACUUCUAUUGUGUGGCAAUUUAUGACUUUUGAUAAAGAAAAUAGUGUUGCUAUUUGUAAUAAGUGUAAGCAAGCUUUUAAACAUAAACAAGGUGGGGGUCAAGGUGGAACGGGGGGAUUAAAUAGACAUUUGUUAUCUUGUGUGCCCGUUCAAUAUAAAGAAGCUAAAGCAUUAGCCAAUAGAAAAAAGGGAAUUUCAAUUAAUGAAUUAGAUAUUACCGGUAAUGCAUCGAUGGGGGCUUCUAACAUGGUUCAAGGAACAUUAGAUCCUUUUAACCCCGCUGGUCCAAUAACACAACGUAAAUAUAAUAAGGAAUUAGAUCGGGAAAAUUUAGCUAAAAUGGUUUCUGUUUGUGGUUUGCCUUAUAGUUUUCCUUCAAAUCCCGGUUUUAUCGAAUAUAUUCAACAAACUUAUAAUCCGGAUUAUAGAGGCUUUUCAAGAAAUACUGUCAAAACUGAUGUUUUUGAAUAUCAAGGUAAACAUUGUCAAUUUCUUCGUUGUCUAUUUAGCAUAUUAGAUAGUAGAGUGUCUAUUACUUCGGACAUGGGUCGUAGUGUUAAUGGAAAUGAUUAUUUAACUGUAACUGCGCAUUGGAUUGAUCAUAAUUGGAAUUUGCAAAAAAGAAUUAUAUGUUAUAAACUAUGUAUAGAGAAAAAAACUGGUGCAUAUUUAGCAUCAAAUAUUUUAAGUGUUUUAGAUUAUUACAUGAUUAUAGAUAAAAUAAUGUCUGUCGCAUUAGAUAACGCAUCUAAUAAUACAAAUGCUGCUAACAUGUUAAAAGUUAGAUUAUGUCCAAUUGACAAUAAAGUUUUUCAUGUUAGAUGUGUUGCACAUAUAUUAAAUUUAGUUGUACAAGAUGGUAUUUCAUUAUUUGAUUGUGGAAGCGUAAAAGUUGAAUAUGCUGUUACCUGGAUUUUUCAUACAAACAAUGUUGCUAGAAUUAGAGAAUUUAAUGAGCGUUGUUCACUAUGUGAAUUGUCACCUAGAAAAAUUCCAAGACAUAUUAAAACAAGGUGGAAUUCUCUUUACGAAAUGCUUUCGGUUGCUUAUAAAUAUAGAAGACCCAUACAAAUGAUUUUUAAUGCUCAUAAUGCUGACCCAUUAGAUAGAAUUUGUGAUGAAGAUUGGGAAGAAACUAAUGAACUAUUACAAUUUUUAAGACUUUUUUAUGAUGUGAAGGUGAAGGUGAAGCUCAAGCUGAAGGGUCGGACCUUAAGAGCAAGUUUCCUCCCACCUCCUACAGUUGGCAGCAAUAAUCCAUGUUCUUCUAAAACUUCAUAUGUGAAUAAUGUUAGAGAUGAUGAAACAAGAUUUUAUAAGAGAAUGACAUUCAAGAACAAGCAAGAAUUGGAAAAUUCAUUGAAACUUUCUUUCUUGAAAAAAGAUAUUAGACUGAAAAAGUACUUUGUUGUGUCAUAUGCUGCUUGUAUAAUUGGUUUACAAGAAAUGAGAAAAGUAAUAGCUGUUGAUGGUACAAUUCUAAGGAGCAAGUAUGGAGGAGUUCUGCUAUCGGCGGUGGCACAAGAUGCCGAGAAUCAUAAAUUUACAGUGGCUUUCUGUGUCGUGGACAAGGAAUAUUUGGUACCAAAGUCCGCUGAUGCUCUUGAACGAAUUGGAUUUCACACAUGGAGUAGGGCAUUUUACCAGGGAAAUAGAUAUAACAUUAUGACGUCAAACAUCGCGGAAUGGGUGAAUGCUAUAUUUGAUGUUGAAAGAGAAUUUCUCCUUGUCGCUCUAUUUGAUGAAAUAAAUAAGAGAUUUGCAUUGUUAUUUCACCAGAGGCGCAUGGAACUGUUGCACUCCGCAAAUAGAUUGGUUUCUUCAAUUGAAAAUGACAUAUCAGAGUAUGUCAACAUGGGCAAUGAUUACGUGGGACUGUGCUUUUAG